GUCUACAAGUUCAGUCGUGGUCGAGUCGGGAGGGAGAGAGGAUGUCGAUCGGCAAUGUCGACAGUGAUGAGGGAAAGUCCUCGGACAAUGGCAUCGAGAUCGUCAAGACCGGGGUCACAGCCCAUGCGGAUGAGAGUAGGAUUCAUGCCCCUCGAGAUUCUCUCUUCUCAUGGUCGUCCGGCUUCGACAAAUUUGAAGGCUUCGUCAACUGGGGUGGCCUCAUUCUUAUGUUGGGUGGCUUAAGGCUCUUCUUGGAGAAUGUGAUCAAGUAUGGCGUGCGGAUCAACCCCCUGUCUUGGCUCGGAUGGCUGGCCAGUGAGCAGGUCAAUGAUUCCUACUUCCACACCCCGCUUUUUAUCUUGGCCACCAAUAUCCACAUUCUGUUUGCCUUCUUCCUUGAACACCUCCUGGCGAGGGAUGUGAUUCCAAACAACCUUGGUGCCUACAUCCAUGCCACUCACCUCACCACAAUUCUCAGCAUCCCUAUAGUGAUCCUGGGUCUGUGGACGGACCUGUUCAGUCUGCUUGGCAGAACCAUCAUCUGUGCAGUGUAUACUGUACUCUUCCUGAAACUGUGGUCCUACGCACAGGUCAAUCACUGGUGUCGUUCUGAGAGAACGUGGAAGAAAAAAUUCUCACGGCGCAGGAGUUUCUCUUUCCAAAAAUUGUUGCGGAAGGAAUAUGCAGAAAAAAUCAACGAACAGGAGGAGGAAGCGGUAGCUCUCAACCUGCAGCAGUAUCCUGAUAACUUGACCUUAGGUGACCUUUACUACUUCCUGGUCGCACCAACGCUAUGCUACGAACUCAACUUCCCAAGGAGUCAAAGAAUCAGGAAAAGAUUUCUGCUGCGUCGUAUGCUGGAGGUUGCCGCUAUCACUAACAUCCUGCUUGCCAUGUUCCAGCAGUGGAUCAUUCCCAGUGUGCGCAAUUCAUUCCAGGCCUUCUCUGACCUUGACUUCAUAAGGUGUGCUGAACGGCUGUUGAAACUGGCAAUCCCAAACCAUAUCCUAUGGCUCUGCUGGUUCUACCUCACAUUUCACUCUUUCUUGAACACGCUUGGAGAGUUGUUGCGCUUUGCUGAUCGCAACUUCUACCAAGACUGGUGGAAUGCCAAGGAUGUGGGCACCUUUUGGCGGCUGUGGAACCUCCCCGUUCACAAGUGGGCAGUCAGACAUAUUUUUGUCCCCAUGGUUAAAAACAAAUACAAGAAAUCUACAGCCUCCAUUGUGGUGUUUGUCCUCUCUGCUGUCUUGCACGAGUAUUUGGUGUCCAUCCCACUCCACAUGUACAAAAUUGGGGUAUUCCUUGGUAUGAUGGUGCAGGUACCCCUAGUAUAUAUCUCAACGUGGGUAGAAUCACGAUUUGGACAGCGAUGGGGAAACAUGAUAGUUUGGGCUUCCCUUAUCCUGGGUCAGCCAUUAGGCAUCAUGGUAUACUACCACGAUUAUGUUGUUAAAACAUUUGAGCCCAGUAUGUUAGAAAUAUAGUAAAUUUAACUGGUAUAUGUAUAUUUUUUACAAUUUUCUUAUUGGUGCAUUAUAUCAACAAGUAGGAUUGUGUACAUAGCAUUGUGUGUGUGUGUGUGUGUGUGUGUAUGUGUGUGUUGUGUGUUGUGUGCGUGUGUGUGUGUGUGUUGUGUGUG